AUGGUUCCAGAGGAAUCAUUAAGAACAGAACAAAAUGUUAAGGCCAAAAAAAAGGAUUUUCCUAAUUUGGAUGCAAGUGCAGACAGGUAUGCAGUUGAGGUAUGGAGCAGAAGUAGAGCCCACAGAAUUCCAACCAAGCCAGGAGCCCAGGCAAAUGAAAAUCUUACGCCCGGCCCGACCCCCGCCUUGGGGUGCUGCUACAGCAGCGGGACCGAGGACUCGGACCAGGACCGAGAGGAGCGGAAGCUGCUGCUGGACCCUAGCAGCCCACCCACCAAAGCCCUCAACGGAGCCGAGCCCAACUAUCCCAGCCUGCCUUCCGCUCGCACCGACGAGCAGGCGCUGCUCUCCUCCAUCCUCGCCAAGACAGCCGGCAACAUCAUCGACGUGUGUGCUGCAGACUCCCAGGGCACGGAGCAGCACGAGGGCGUGGACCGGGCGAGGCAGUACGGCACCCUGACCCACUGGGAGAAGCUGCCGCCGCGGCCGUCCCUCACCAGCCAGCCUCACCGAGUGCUGGCCAGCGAGCCUGUCCCCUUCGCCGACUGGCAGCACGUCUCCAGGAUAGCUGCUUAUGCCUACGGUGCACUUUCUCCGAUCCGCGUGGACGCACAAGAGGAGCUGGUUGUGCAGUUUGGGAUUCCAUGAAGAGAGGGGGCCCCUGGGCAGCUCUUCCUCUCCUCCCUUCACUCCGUCUCCACCCUGCCUCCCCUGGCCCCCAGCCUCACUGUGGCUUAUACAGUAUCCUAACCUGCUACUAAUCACAGAAGAAAGUGGAGGAGGAGAAGAGUGAGGCGAGGAGCCUGAGCAAGUGAGGAUGGAACAAGGGAGGGUAGAACCAUUUGGGACUGGCCUUCGAAGCCCUGGCCAGGGGUGG